ACCGCUAACAUAAAAUGACCCUUUUUUCUUAUCAAGUUUUGUAAAAACGUUAGCUCUUACGUCACUCGGAUUGGAAAUAAAGGAAGUCGGAAAUGAACAUAAACACUCUAUAAGACUAUACAACCCUUUAAUCUUCGAAAAAAUGCACCGGAUCAACACUGUCAUCCUUCAAUUGAAAAAUUAACACGUGAUUGAAAAAAAAAAUAAUCUCUCUCCUCUCUUCUUACCUUUUUCUCUAUCUUUCACUCCUCCGUCCCCCCUGAAUAUUCUGUGUUCUACGAGUACUAAAUAUGCUCUCUUAAUCUGCAUAAAAGAGACAACAACAGAAGCCUAAAUUUGAAAAUUGCAAUACUCAUUUGUCUUUCUCCAGUCCCUUUUUCUGUUUCCCAAAAACGAGAGUAAUUUCCUUGUCUAUUCCCAAUAACUCAGAAACUUACAAUGGAUUCAACACCUCUAUGCCAACCCCACUUUGUAUUCAUCCCCUUAAUGACCCCAGGUCAUCUCCUUCCCAUGGUAGACAUGGCAAAGUUAUUCGCACGACGCAAUUUGAAAGUGACCAUAGUCACCACACCCCUCAAUUCCAUCCAAUUCCGAGGCAGCAUAGAAAGAGAGAUUCAAUCUGGUUCACCCAUCCAAAUUCAACUUAUUCAAUUUCCAAACAAAGAGGCUGGAAUACCAGAAGGGUGUGAGAGUUUCGACACUCUGCCUUCAAUAGAUCUAGUGGAGAACUUUAACAUCGCCUUAUGCAUGUUGCAGCAGCCACUAGAAGAGCUUUUCCAAAAGAUAACACCCACUCCAAGCUGCAUAAUAUCUGACAAAAGCAUCACAUGUGCAGUUGAUAUUGCCAACAAGUUACAAAUUCCAAGAAUAGUAUUUGAUGGGACUAAUUUUUUCAAUCUCCUCUGUAAUCACAAUUUACACGAAGUCGAUGAUGCUAUUAUCUCUGAUGAAGAGAAAUUUCUUGUCCCAGGAAUGCCCCAUAGAAUCGAAUUGCGAAAAUCUCAGCUCCCCGGGAUAUUCAAUCCUGGCACUCACAUAAAGUUGAAUUCUUUUCGUGAGGCAGUGAGAGUAGCUGCAGAAAAAUCAUAUGGGUUGGUGGUUAAUAGUUUCGAAGAGUUGGAAGAAGAAUACGUUAAAGAGUAUAAAAGGGUCACGGGCAAAAAGGUAUGGUGUGUUGGUCCUGUGUCACUGUCCAAUAAGGACGAAUUGGACAAAGCUGAGAGAGGUAAAAAGAGAAACUCCAAUGAUGAAAGCAAGUAUAUGAAGUGGCUUGAUUCAUGUCCUUCAACCUCUGUGAUUUACGUGUGCCUUGGUAGCCUAAACCGUGCAACACCUGAGCAGUUGAUAGAGGUGGGUCUAGGAUUGGAAGCAACAAAAAGGCCAUUCAUUUGGGUGCUGAGAGGUGCAUAUAAAAGAGAGGAAAUGGAGAAGUGGCUAUUGGAAGAUGGGUUUGAGGAGAGGGUUAAAGGGAGAGGACUUUUGAUCCAUGGUUGGGCCCCACAAGUGUUGAUAUUAUCACACAAAGCAAUAGGAGCAUUCUUGACACAUUGCGGAUGGAAUUCCACACUUGAAGGGAUUUGUGCUGGAGUGCCCUUGAUUGCAUUUCCUCUCUUCGGUGAGCAGUUUUAUAAUGAGAAGGUUGUUGUACAAUUGUUGGAAAUUGGGGUGAGUGUGGGAUCUGAAACUGUUGUGCACUUUGGAGAGGAAGAGAAGUCUUGUGUUCAGGUCUGGAGGGAAAAUGUUAAAGAUUCUAUUGAGAAGGUAAUGGGUGACGAAAAUGAAAAUGAGAAGAUAAGGGAAAGAGCAAGAAAAUACGCGGAUAUGGCAAGGAAAGCAAUAGAAGAGGGUGGAUCUUCUUAUCACAACAUGUCACUACUAAUUGAAGACAUAAUAAAUGUCAAUAGGAUAAACCACAUAGCAAAACCAUAACUGAGAGUCUGAAACGCUUUCACAGAUCCAAUUACACCUGCAGGGAAUACUUUUAUAUAAUUUGCCAUACCCUAGUCGUAAGUCUCUGUAUAUCCGUAGAUUGUUGAAUCUCUAUUAGAACUCAAAUGUCACUAGCAGGAUGUAAUUUGAUUAGCAUACAUGAUAUGUCAUUUUGAUAUUAGGGAUUAAAGCAUCGUGUAAUGUUUGGACAGU